AUGGGGUUAAUGGAUACGCUGAACCUCAAGCCUGGUGUCAUCUAUGGCCAGGAUGUCUUGAAGGUCUUCCAAUAUGCUAAGGAGAACAAAUUUGCUCUUCCCGCCGUCAACGUCACAUCAUCCUCUACUGUUGUUGCCGUUCUCGAGGCCGCAAAGGAGACCAGAUCUCCCGUAGUCAUCCAGGUCUCCAACGGAGGUGCCGCUUUCUUUGCUGGAAAGUCCAUCUCUAAUACAAACCAAGAAGCAUCUGUCACUGGUGCUGUUGCUGCGGCACAUUUCGUCCGCUCCAUUGCCCCCGUCUAUGGUGUCCCCGUCAUCAUGCACAGUGACCACUGUGCCAAGAAGCUCCUGCCAUGGCUAGAUGGUAUGCUGGAUGCGGACGAGGCCUUCUUCAAGGACAACGGCACGCCGCUAUUUAGCAGUCAUAUGAUUGACUUGUCAGAGGAAGACCUCAAGUACAACAUCGACACCACAAGCAAAUACCUCAAGCGAUCAGCGCCGAUGAGCCUCUGGUUAGAAAUGGAGGUUGGCUUAACGGGUGGUGAGGAGGAUGGUGUCAACAACGAAGACGUUGACAACAACUCUCUAUACACACAGCCUGAGGAUAUCCUUGCCAUCUACGAGGCCCUCAGCCCAAUUUCCAACCUGUUCAGCAUUGCUGCCGGUUUCGGUAAUGUCCACGGUGUCUACCAGCCUGGCAACGUGAAGCUUCACCCCGAGCUACUUGGAAAGCACCAACUCCAUGUCUCUCAGAAGCUAAAGGAUGGGCAGGAGAAGCCAGUAUUCUUCGUCUUCCAUGGUGGCUCUGGCUCGAGCAAGGGAGAAUAUCUCGAGGCCAUCUCUCACGGUGUUGUCAAAGUCAACCUCGAUACCGAUCUUCAGUGGGCCUACCUAGUAGGUCACCGAGACUACAUCUUAAACAACGUUGAAUAUCUCAGGACCCAGGUCGGAAACCCCGAGGGUCCUCACAAGCCGAACAAGAAGAAGUACGAUCCCCGUGUGUGGGUGAGAGAGGGUGAGAAGACGAUGAAGGCCCGUCUCAUUGAAGCCUUCAAUGAUUUCAACACGGCUGGAAAGCUAUAG